AUGGACUACAGUCAACGCUUAUCACAGUUAGACUCUCUUCCUAAACUAAAGCAUGUUUCAAUUGGACAAACCAUAGGUCAAGGCACAUUUGCUGUCGUAAAGGUCGCCAGUGUCAGGAACAACCCACUGAAGUUAGUGGCUAUAAAAUACAUUCAUAGGGCGAUUUCCCAUAGCAAGGGGAUUGAUGAUAAUAGAAUAGGACUUGAACUAAGUAUUCACAAAGAAUGUUCGGGACACCCAAAUAUGAUAAAGCUACAUAUGUUUGGCACUGAUAAUACGUGGAUUUACAUAGUUAUGGAACUAGCUGAAAGCGGAGACUUAUUCGAUAAGAUUGAGCCAGACAUUGGUAUAGAUGAGGAGUUGGCUAACUUUUAUUUCACACAGCUAAUCAAUGCUGUGGAUUAUAUGCACCAAAAAGGAGUUGCACACCGAGAUAUCAAGCCGGAAAACAUUCUUCUAGAUAAGGACGGUAAUUUGAAAUUGGGCGAUUUUGGGAUGGCUACGAUCUUCAAACGUAAGGGAAGUCAAAAAAGGCUCUCAUAUGAGAAAUGUGGUUCUCCCCCAUAUAUGGCACCUGAGAUAAUUGGUGAUAACGGUUAUGAUGCAACGAUGAGUGAUAUCUGGGCUUGUGGUAUUGUACUUUUUGUCUUAUUGUCGGGCCAAAUACCAUGGCAGGAACCAAGCUACAAUUGCGACGAAGAAUAUACCAAAUAUGUUGAUUUUGAUGGCAAAAUACUCGAUAAUCCGUGGAACCAAUUUAGUCAAACUGUUAGACCGUUGAUGAGGUCGAUAAUUAAACCUGAUGUUAGCAAGAGGUUUUCGAUGGACCAAAUAAGGUUGCACCCAUGGGUUAAUCAAGGAAAUUCAUUUAUGGACUCGAACAAACUAUGCAAGAAUUCAGAAGGUUUGGCAGAGAGGUUGCUUUCUAAUUUACAGGUCGGAUUGUCUGACGAAGAUAUUAGAACGACUUUGUCGGAGGCAUCCCAAGACCAAGAAAGAAAUCUUAUAAAUAAUAGGAAAUUUAUUUCUAAUUCACAGCCCACAAACGAUAUUGCAGUCAUGAUAGAUGAUGAAUUCGAUAUCCCCGCUAUACCAGCGACACAGGAUCCUGUUACUCAUAAUCACAGACCAUUUAUCAACGAUAUUACUGAUGCACAUGAAGAAAUGCUUGCGAUUGUUUCAAAAGAUCCUUCCAUUUUGCAAUUUAAGAACACUCCUCAGUACAGAAUGUCACAAUUAUCUAAUACACAAAAGAACAUACUUGCAUUUAAAAAUAUGCCAUUCAAGACAGCUGAAAGAAUGACGAGGUUUUUUUCGAUUUUGCCGAUUGAAUCAUUACUUCCCAUAAUACGAGAUUCGCUACAUAGAAUAGGAGUUUCCACAACAAGUAUUGAUAAUUUUUCAAUGGAAGAAUUGAUUGAGCAGAAGAAUAUUUAUAUUAAUGUUAAUAUAAUAGCUGAAAAAUCUAAAAUGCCCUUAAAGGGCUACAUCAAGAUUCUGAAGUGUGAUAUUCGGUUGCCAUUGAGGAAGGUAGAAUUCAUAAAAUCAAAAGGUGAUCCUUUGGAGUGGCGACACUUCUUCAAAAAAGUAACUAUACUUUCCAGAGAUGCAGUUUACGUUGACUAA